GGUAAGGGUAUUCCGGAAACUGGGCUCCAGGUGGCUAACGCAAACAAAACCCAGGGGGUCCCAAGAGCUUUGGAGUACGUAAACUAAAAAUGGGUGAUCACUCUCAGCUCAAAAAUCCCCAUGGCGGAAAGCCCGAGUACACAAAGCAGCUGUUCCCACUCGUAAAGCCUCAAGGAAGGGGAGGAUGAUGGAGGAAGACGAGCAACUAACUACAAGCCCCAGCAUGCAAUGCGCAGUUUCUCCUCCAGGAAAGAGGCCCGCCGCGCAGCGCGGCCCAGACUCGGUCCCGGAGGGCAAAGAGCGAGAUGCUGACUGCCAACCGAAAUGCUCAGAAUGAAGACAGGAGGAACGCUGUGAGCGAGCCCUUAGGUCUCGUAUCCAAGAAGCUCCCUGUUUCCGGGGACCCUUGGCAUGGUAGGGAGCGGGAUCUAUGUCGCCAGCUCUUUCCCCUAGGCAGGUGUCGGACCUCCACGGUCCUAGAGCCUGUGGUGUUGCCACUGAACACCUGGAGCCGGAUGUGACGUCGACGUGGAGGAAGCAGGGAGAGGCGGAGCGUGGCGAGGUGACGUCCUUCCAAGAUGGCGGAGAGAGAGUGAAGAAACCGUGUCUCUCUUUGGGUUGCUAUAGAACAAGGGUAAAAUUCGAUUCUGAUCUCAAAAUGCAGUAUUCGCACCACUGUGAGCACCUUUUAGAGAGACUGAACAAACAACGGGAAGCAGGUUUUCUUUGUGACUGCACCAUAGUGAUCGGGGAAUUCCAGUUUAAGGCUCAUAGGAAUGUGCUUGCCUCGUUUAGUGAGUAUUUUGGUGCGAUCUACAGAAGCACUUCUGAGAACAAUGUCUUUCUUGAUCAGAGUCAGGUGAAGGCCGAUGGAUUUCAAAAACUGUUGGAGUUUAUAUACACAGGAACUUUAAAUCUUGACAGUUGGAAUGUUAAAGAAAUCCAUCAGGCUGCUGACUAUCUCAAAGUGGAAGAGGUGGUCACUAAAUGUAAAAUAAAGAUGGAAGAUUUUGCUUUUAUUGCUAAUCCCUCUUCUACAGAGAUAUCUAGUAUUACUGGAAACAUUGAACUGAAUCAACAGACUUGCCUCCUUACUCUGCGAGAUUAUAACAGUCGGGAGAAAUCAGAAGUGUCUACAGAUUUAGUUCAGGCAAAUCCUAAACAAGGGGCAUUAGCAAAGAAGUCGUCUCAAACUAAAAAGAAGAAGAAGGGCUUCAACUCUCAGAAAACAGGGCAAAACAAAACAGUGCAAUAUCCCAAUGACAUUUUAGAGAAUGCAUCUGUUGAAUUAUUUCUAGAUGCAAAUAAAUUCUCCACCCCUGUAAUAGAACAAGUUGCACAAAGAAAUAAUUCAGAACUCGAGUUGACAUCAGUUGUGGAAAAUACUUUUCCAGCACAAGACAUUGUGCAAACUGUUACAGUGAAACGGAAACGUGGAAAAUCACAGCCAAACUGUGCUCUGAAAGAACACUCUAUGUCUAAUAUAGCCAGUGUCAAGAACUCUUAUGAGCUGGAGAGCUCUGGGGAAGAGCUGGAUCAGAGGUAUUCUAAGGCCAAGCCAAUGUGUAACACAUGUGGGAAAGUGUUUUCAGAAGCCAGCAGCUUGCGAAGGCAUAUGAGAAUACACAAAGGAGUCAAACCUUAUGUCUGCCACUUGUGUGGAAAGGCAUUUACCCAAUGUAACCAGCUGAAAACGCAUGUAAGAACUCAUACAGGUGAGAAGCCAUACAAAUGUGAACUGUGUGAUAAAGGAUUUGCUCAGAAAUGCCAGCUAGUCUUCCAUAGUCGCAUGCAUCAUGGUGAGGAAAAACCCUAUAAAUGUGAUGUAUGCAAUUUACAAUUUGCAACUUCUAGCAAUCUCAAGAUUCAUGCAAGGAAGCAUAGUGGAGAGAAGCCAUAUGUCUGUGAUAGGUGUGGACAGAGAUUUGCCCAAGCCAGCACACUGACCUAUCAUGUUCGAAGGCAUACGGGAGAAAAGCCUUACGUGUGCGAUACCUGUGGAAAGGCAUUUGCUGUCUCUAGUUCUCUUAUCACUCAUUCUCGAAAACAUACAGGUGAAAAACCAUACAUAUGUGGUAUUUGUGGGAAAAGUUUUAUUUCCUCAGGAGAGCUCAACAAACACUUUCGAUCCCAUACAGGAGAAAGACCAUUUAUCUGUGAAUUAUGUGGAAAUUCUUACACAGAUAUUAAAAAUUUAAAGAAGCACAAGACUAAAGUCCAUUCUGGUGCAGAUAAAAUUCUAGAUUCUAGUAUAGAGGAUCAUCCCUUGAGUGAACAAGAUUCUAUACAAAAAAGUCCUUUAUCAGAAACUUUAGAUGUGAAACCUUCUGAUAUGACUUUACCACUAACUCUUCCGCUUGGAACUGAGGACCACCACAUGCUUCUGCCUGUCACAGAUAAUCAGUCUCCUACAUCAGAUACAUUGUUGAGGUCAACUGUGAAUGGGUAUUCAGAACCACAGUUGAUUUUUUUACAACAGUUAUACUGACUUUGUGAGAAAUAUGGAAUUGCUAAGACACCUUGGUAGUAAACAUAAACAUCUCUGGUAAGGUGCAUAUAUUCAUAUUAAAUUAACCAUUCAUUUGAGUUGUGGCCAUUAUUUUUCAUUCACUGAGGUAAAAGCACCUAAUGCUGCAUUGUAACUGGGCAGUGCUUGUUUGAUAUUUGGUUUUUAUGUCUAAGUCAUAUACACAGCUUUUUAAGGAAUGAGUAAUUAUACUACAUUAGCACUCUUUUGGGUGGGUAAGUUUUACUUUCUUUUAGAGCUGCCUUAAUUCCAUUUUUAUUUUGCAUUUUAGAUUGCCUUUCAUUUACUCAAGUAGAAUCUAUCAGUUUAUGAUUUUUGACCUGUGGAAUUUAUUUUCUUCCCCUCAAAAUUUAAAAGAAAUCCAUGAUAGUAUCAGCCCAAGAGAGGUGCUGAUGGAUCAAUACAUAAACCAUAGACCAAUACAAACUAUGGGGGGAAAAUAAAAUUCAUAUUUCUGCCUAACAAUGUACCUGAGAAAAUUUCAGUACUGAAUAAGAAUUGUGCUGUUUCUCUAUUAAUACAGUCCAUUGGAGGUAACUUUUCUAAUGAAACAAAAAGUGUUUCUCUUAAAAGCUAGAAAACUAUGUAAAUUUUGUUCAUUUAGAACUCAGUAUUCUAGAGAAAACCAGUGGUCAGUACUUCUGAUUUAUCUGAGACUACAUUUUCAAAAUGAAUUUUAAGUAGCUAUUUGGUGUUUUUAUCUUAUUAAAGACAGUUUUGAAACUUGAUCCAGAUUGUUUUAAUAGGCUUCUAGAUUACUGGAGAUGAGGAAAAUAUACUGAGUUUUGAAAAUUUUUGAUAAGCCUCUUAUACCUCUUAUGCACUUUUAAAAAUAUAAAAUCCUAAAAAGAAUUUUCUAAAUAGAAACUUAAUGCAUAGUAUAAAAUACUUGGCUUCUGAAUUUGAUACAUUAUAUUCAUAAAUAGUUAAGAAAUUAACUUCAAUUAAAUAGUGAACAUUUGUUAUCAGAAAGUCAGUUUAUUAAACAUUUUAUACUUGAGUUUUCUAUAAGUUCUGAGUUUUUAAAUUUUAUAGAUUAAACCAUGACAGUUGUUGGUGGUUAUAGUUUCACAGUAGUCUUUUUCCUUCCUAAUGAACUUAGAAAAUUCAGAUUUAUUUUGAUAUUUACUACUCUUCCCCAUCCCAUUUUUCCCAAAUAUUGAUUUAUUUCACUGUCUAAUCUUUGGACAUUAAAUUAUCAGUUCCUAUACUGCUGAUCAAACACCAUGGUGACAUUAUUUCUUAUUUCUGCCAUGCAUUAGUUGUGGCUUAUUUGUUUUCUGCUUUGAAACUACACCUGUAAUAAAAUUAAUGUGUUUUCUAUUGGUAUUGAUUUCUUUAAUUGUUAUUUUCUUUGGGGUCCUACUCAUAGGAACCAACCAGAAAACUUAAUGAAACUACUAAAUUCUUGUUAACUGUACAUAUCAUCAACAUUUCACAGCAUACUCAGCAUUUUCACACUAAAUUGCCACCAGUGGGAUUGGCUUAAUUGAAUAGAGUUUGAAAUACUGCCUUUAUAUAAUGUACCUCAAACUUUGUAUUUAAUGUAUCUAAGAAAUAUAAUUAUGCAUAUGUGUUAAUUUAAUAUACUGAGUUUAAGUACAAUUUAUAAAGUUAUAAAAUGUUCAACUGAUCUAUUCUGGCUUAAAUUCAAUAGGAACUGGAAUGUGAAGAAAUUAAAGGAAAUUAGGACUCAGCCUUUUUAAGAUGUCUACUGAAAUGGACAGGUUAUAUUUAAUUCACAUCCUCAUUAAUCUCAGUAUCUAAUGAACAAAAUUUCUCUUUAAAAACUGCCACAGUGAUGUUAUAAUUCUGUGAGGGUAGUAGUUACCAAAUUUCCUCUAAUAUGAUGGUAAUUAGCAUUCUGUCUUUACAUAGAUUAGCCUUCAAAUUUAUUAUUUUUUAGAAUUACUGGAUUGGAGUAGCUAAAGUUGAUUUAUUGUGCUUUUCUUCAUCACAUUAUCUGCUUCUUAGCUAAAAUAAUUUUAUUUUAAAGUGACAUGGCUUGAUGCUCUUCCAGAAUGACGUGCAAAGAAAGCUUGAAUACUUCAGUAUCCUGUCUUGUCAUUCUCAUAAUGCUGUAUUAUUCUUUAUCAUAAUAUGCAUAUAUUUUAGUUGUAUCUGGCAUCAUUCUAACACUCAUAAUUAUAUUAGUUAAGUUCAUUUUUAAAUAUAUUUGUACAAUGCAGUGUUUUGGGAAAGGUCUGUUCUUAAAGUAUUACUAAGUUUUUUGAAAGUCUUUUUAAGAUGCUGAAAAUCUUACUGAAAAAACAUUUUCUAAGUUAAUUUUGUUUUAUAUUUGUAUUAGAUUAUUCCUAAUGUAUUGUUAGAUUUUAGGCUUUUUAAAAAGAAACCAUAGAUUAUAUAUAAAUGAUUUUGCUGUUUUUAAAUGGUAUUUGUUUUAUGUUUAAUUUCAUAGGAUGAUUUUGAUAGACAAAUUUUAGAAAGUUUUAUUUUUUUUAAGAAAAGGUUUUGUCUGUUCUGUUGCAACAGUAGUUUAUCACUUCUGUAUGUUUCAUUUCUACAGAAAUUGUGCAAAUGAGAGUAGUUAAAUUAUGCUUAUAUAAAAACAGUGUACAUGUACUCGUUUUUUAAAAUAUCCUAGAAUAAUAGCUCUAAUAUUUGAUGCACAUCAGAAACAUAUUUUUUAAAUAAUGGUGUCUAAGCCCCACCCCACCUUAGGCCCUCUGAUUUAGAUGAUCUCUAGAACAUGCUGGAAGAGCUCUGUAGGUGAUCUUAAUGCAUACUGAACAUUGAGAACUAUUGUCCUAAACAUUUCUUGGCAUUCUUCCUUUGGGCUCUUGAUAUAUGAUAUUUGGGUUCUUGAUACAUGAAGCUCUUGGUAGAACUUUCCUCAGAGAUUUUGAGACUUUAGAACUUGGCUAGAAAUACCACCAAAUAAAAAGUAAUUGUAUUUUAAUGUAA